UAUUGCAAUUCAUCUUUGCCAGAAAUUUUUUCCUGAAACCAAAAUGUUGAUUGGAGUGUGCUAUAUAUGUUGAGGCGACGCAGAGGCUAAGAGACUUUUCCUUAAAAGGGAUAAACGAAGAUGAGCAACAUUGCAGAGAGAAAGGCACACGCUGUGUUGGUUCCAUUUCCACUACAAGGCCAUAUAAACCCUCUGUUCAAACUAGCAAAGCUGCUUCAUUUCAGAGGCUUUCACGUAACCUUUGUCCACACUCACUACAACUACAAACGUUACCUCAAAUCAAGGGAUUCCAAUGCCUUUCAGGGUCUCCCAGAUUUUCGCUUUGAAACCAUCCCAGAUGGUCUUCCUCCUUUGGAUGACGAUGCUGAUGGUGAUGUUAGUCAACACAUACCCUCUCUCUGUGACUCUAUCAGAAACAACUUCCUCCAACCCUUUCGCCAACUUCUUGCUAGACUUAACCACUCUGCCACUGCUGGCCUCAUCCCCCCAGUUACCUGCUUAGUCUCUGAUUGUUUCAUGAGUUUUCCUAUACAAGUUGCUGAAGAACUUUCUGUCCCUAUUAUUCUCCUUUCCCCUAUCAGUGCAGGUGCAUUCUUGUGUUCUAUGCACUUCGGUUAUCUGGUGGAUAAGGGAAUCAUACCUCUCAAAGAUGAGAGUUAUCUGACAAACGGAUAUUUGGACACCACCAAAGUAGAAUGUAUUCCUGGUUUGAACAAUUUUCGCAUGAGGGACCUUCCUAGCUUUGUAAAGACAGCAGAUCCAAAUGAUUUCAUGCUAGAAUAUUUCAUUGAAGUAGCUGGUAGAGUUCCUACAGUCUCGGCUGUUGUUUUUAAUACUUUCUAUGAGCUUGAGAGAGAUGCGAUGAAUGCUCUGUCUUUUAUGCUCCCUUCUCUCUACACCAUUGGUCCUUUCCCUUCGUUUUUGGAUCAAAUUCCGAAUAACUACUUGGCUUCUCUUGGUUCCAAUCUUUGGAAUGAAGAUCCCAAGUGUCUUCAGUGGCUUCAAUCCCAGGAACCCAGAUCCGUAGUUUAUGUGAAUUUUGGCAGUAUCACUGUUAUGUCUGCAGAUCAACUGUUGGAAUUUGCUUGGGGUUUGGCCAACAGCAAGAAACCGUUUUUGUGGAUCAUUAGGCCUGACCUUGUCAUUGGAGGUUCCGUGAUUUUGUCAUCUGAUUUUGUGAAUGAAACUAGAGAUAGAAGCCUAAUAGCAGGUUGGUGUCCACAAGAACAGGUGCUGAACCAUUCAUCAGUUGGUGGAUUCUUGACUCAUUGUGGAUGGAACUCAAUCACUGAAAGUGUUUGUGCUGGAGUCCCAAUGUUGUGCUGGCCAUUUUUUGCAGAUCAGCCAACAAACUGUAGAUAUGUGUGCAAUGAGUGGGAGAUUGGGAUUGAGAUUGAUACCAAUGUGAAGAGAGUGGAGGUGGAGAAGCUGGUGAAUGAGUUGAUGGUGGGGGAGAAGGGAAAGAAGAUGAGAGAAAAGACGAUGGAUUUGAAGAAGAAGGCAGAGGAGUUCACCAGACCCGGUGGUCGUUCAUACAUAAAUUUGGACAAAGUAAUUAAGGAGGUUUUGCUUAAGCAAACAUCAUUUGAUUGAAUUGUUUUUCCUUUUUAUAAUGUUGUACUCUAAUAAUCCAUUGAUCUUAUUUUCUCUGGACUUUCUUUGAAAUCGAAAUAAUGGGCCGGUUACGAGUGCUAA